GGGAGGGCAGACGGAGGUCUCCCUCGCUCCUGCAUUUAGCAGCCGGCUCCAGCAGCCGCUUUCCGAGAUGACCAGGCUGAGGUCAGCUCUCCACUGUACUCUGGUCAUCCUGUCUACGGUGACCCUGGCACAGACGGCCUGUACAUGCAGUGGUAAAUCAAAAUGUCACUGUGAUGGAGUAAAAGGCACUAAGGGCGAAAGAGGCUUCCCUGGUGCACAGGGUCCACCUGGAAUUCCAGGAUUUCCAGGUACGGAGGGUCCUCGAGGUCCGGAAGGUCCUAGGGGAAAUCCUGGAUUUCCAGGACCUCCAGGCAUGAAGGGUUUGAGGGGACCUAUAGGUUUACCAGGCCAUCCAGGAAACCCUGCUGUGCCAGGUAUCUCUGGAAAAGAUGGUCCUCAAGGUCCGAAGGGCAUACCAGGAUGCAAUGGCACAAAGGGUGAUCCUGGUUUUCCAGGAAUUCCUGGCUCAGAAGGAUUUACAGGACUCCAAGGACAUUCAGGGCUUCCAGGACAAAAGGGUGAAUCAGCUCAAAUUGUACCGUUAUAUCCAGGGGACAAAGGAAGCCGUGGACCACCAGGUCACCCAGGACCUCCAGGUCAACCAGGACUUCCAGGACAGUCAGGACCCACUGGGCCUCAAGGUCCCUUGGGUCCACCAGGACCAACUGGUCAUCCAGGGCCAAAGGGCAACAUGGGAUUAUUCUUUGUGGGUUCCAAGGGUGACAAGGGUGUGAAAGGUCAUCCUGGUCCUGUUUAUCGUCCAGAGCGUGGUCCUACCAUCACAGUGAAAGGACAGAAGGGCAGUCCAGGACCCUCUGGAGACCCAGGAUUGCCAGGUCUCCCAGGUUUACCAGGCUCUGUCACACCUGGAUGGAAGGGAGAUAAAGGAGAACGAGGGGACCCAGGGGCCCUGGGGAAACCAGGUAAAGAUGGGAAUCCUGGAAUCCCGGGGAUCCAGGGAUUGAAAGGUGAUCCAGGUUUUUUGGGAUUUCCAGGAAGAAUUGGAGCACCUGGAAUUAAAGGGGAAGUUGGCUGUCAAGGACCACCUGGUCCACAAGUUGAAGAUGAUUCCUGUGACAAAGGAGAACGUGGCGAUCCAGGUGCUACAGGACCCAAAGGACGACCAGGAUUACAAGGUGCUGCGGGUCAGCCAGGUUUACCAGGAGAGCAAGGAAUUUCUAGACGUGGCCCCAAAGGCCAAUCCGGAUAUCCUGGACAAAGAGGUCCCAAAGGGGAUAAAGGUGAUCCUGGGCAGGUUUAUGAAGGUCCUUCAGGUCCUCCUGGAUUUCCAGGCCCUCCAGGCCCACCAGGCCCUGUGGGUCCACAAGGCGAGACUAUCAGUAUAAAUGGCCAACCAGGACCUAGAGGGUUACCAGGACCAAGAGGUUUUGUUGGUUUUCAUGGUCCACGCGGAUACAAAGGUGAUAAAGGUGACCUGUGUGUAACAUGCCGUGGAACUUCACAACCUGGUCCUCCUGGUCCACCCGGCCUUCCUGGGAUACCUGGCAGGGAGGCAUUACCAGGCCCAAAAGGAAUUUCUGGUCCUUCAGGUCAAUUUGGAAGAACAGGUUCCCCGGGUACUCCGGGAUCCCCAGGAUUUAGAGGACCACCAGGCUUGGACGGUGACCCAGGAAUCGGGGGUGGCCAAGGUUCAAAAGGGGACAAAGGUCACUGUGGUUUGCAAGGGAAUACAGGAAGGCAAGGAAAGGAUGGAAUACCUGGUCAACCAGGACCACAAGGACCCCAAGGAAUUAAGGGUGACCCAACACCAUUUUCACUAAAAGGUGACAGAGGUCCACAGGGUGUCCCUGGAAACCCUGGUAUCCCAGGAGCUAUGGGCCCUCCUGGUUCACCUGGCUUUGGGCCUCCAGGUAUUCAAGGGCUCAAAGGAAAUCGUGGUGUACCUGGAUUUCGAGGAGUUGAUGGUGUCCCAGGUGAGAAAGGAGACAGGAAUAAUGAGUCCGCAGUCCCAGGCCCAAUUGGCAUUCGUGGUGAAACAGGAGCUCCUGGACCAGUGGGUUUCCCAGGUAGCUCUGGACCUCCAGGUAGAGAUGGUUCCCCAGGUCCUCCAGGAGAAAAGGGAGAAACAGGACACUCAAUGAAAGGAUCAACUGGUCUUCCAGGUCCUAAAGGAAACCCAGGGCAUCCUGGAGUAUUGGGUCCUCCAGGGAUUCCAGGAAGGCCGGGAGCACCUGGAACACCAGGGCUGCCAGGAGUCACUGGUCCUAAGGGUGACGGACGUUUUGGACAGCCAGGAAAUCGUGGUCCACCAGGUCCUGCAGGAAACAUUGGACCACCAGGGGAGAAGGGUAAUUCAGGUCCUCCUGGAUUGCCUGGAGAAGAAGGGCGUCCUGGUCGCAAUGGUCUUCAAGGUCCACAAGGUGACCUCGGAUGUCCUGGUAUUCAGGGGCCAACAGGCCCACGUGGACAACUGGGUAAAGGAAUACCUGGACCUGCAGGUUCUGAAGGCCGGCCUGGUCCACCUGGUCUACAAGGAACAACAACUAGAGGGCCUACUGGAGAUCCAGGAAUUCCAGGAGUGGGUAUUCCAGGCAUCCCUGGUGCUCCUGGAUCUGUUGGAAUGCCAGGCUUGUCAGGCCCUCCUGGACCAAGAGGUUCUCCAGGGAAUCCAGGUCGACCAGGAAUACCAGGGAGACCAGGUCCAAAAGGUGAACCUGGUGUUAUGGGAGAGCCAGGGAAUCCAGGCCUCACUGGUGAACAAGGAUUUCAAGGCCCCGCAGGAGAGAAAGGUUCUAAAGGUCAACCAGGACCAAAGGGUAAAAAAGGUGCAAUUGGUCAGAUAGGUCAAAAAGGUGAAAAAGGAAUGAAAUCAGUUACGCAUGAUAUAACAGUAAAAGGUGUCAUGGGAGACCCUGGGCUACAAGGUUCGCAAGGAAUAACGGGACCAAGAGGUGAGACUGGUUGCCCUGGUGGGCCAGGUCACAAAGGUAAAGAUGGAGCACCAGGACCUCCAGGUCCAGCAGGUCCACCAGGUGAUCCAGGAUUACCAGGUAAUCCAGGCAAUCCAGGGUUUCCUGGAGCUCUUGGGUCUACUGGUCCAAUGGGCUUGCCAGGUGACAAAGGAGAAAAAGGAUUUGCAGGACCACCAGGGUUUUCAGCUUCACCUGGUUCUGACGGUAUCCCUGGCCUAAAGGGAAAGAAAGGAGAACCAAGCAGACUAGUAUAUGGCAACCCAGGCCGUCCAGGAGAAAAGGGUAAUCAAGGUCCUUCGGCCUCUAAAGGACAACCUGGUACUCCUGGAUCUCGAGGUAAACCAGGAACUGACGGUCCUCCUGGGAACCCUGGUGAGAAAGGCGACCAGGGCCAAUCAGGUUAUCCAGGUCCUGCAGGCUGUAAAGGCAGUGAAGGACUUGUUGGGAAACGAGGUUUGCCAGGAAGUCAAGGUGUCCCAGGAACCCCAGGAAUGCCAGGACGCCCUGGUCCACCAGGAUUAACAGGUGCAAAGGGCAGGCAAGGACUUGAUGGCAUUCCAGGACCUCAUGGACUGAAGGGAGAUCCAGGUUUACCUGGAAGAGGACAUAAAGGCCAACCAGGCCCAUGUGGACAAUCAGGUACCAAAGGAAAUUCGGGGCCUCCUGGUGAUGAGAGCGAAGUAGGUCCUCCUGGUCCACGAGGUGACCCUGGUCGUCCUGGGCCUACUGGUCUCUCUGGUGAACCUGGCCCGCCUGGUCCUGCAGGAAUGAGUAUUCAAGGUCCCAAAGGAAACAGAGGGCCUCAAGGCGCUCCUGGGCCCGCAGGUCCUCGUGGACUGAAGGGAUUACUUGGACAGCCAGGACCAGAAUGUCUGAAGGGGGAUAAAGGAUCAUCUGGUCUCUCAGGAUUUCAAGGCAACCCAGGUGACAGGGGUGAUCCAGGUGAACAAGGACAACCAGGAAUUCCAGGCACAUCAGCUCAAGGUCCCAAAGGAGAGAGGGAUUCAACUGGAACUCCUGGGUUCCCAGGUUUACAAGGUGACAAAGGAGUCAAAGGCCAGACUGGAGAUGCAGGAUUGUCAGGAUUGCCUGGACAACCAGGUCCAGAAGGGUUGUCAUCUGUUAUGCCAACAAUACCUCUAAAGGGCGAUUCCGGACUCCCGGGUCCACAGGGGCCUGAAGGACAAAGUGGAACUCCUGGAUCUCCUGGACCACUUGGAUGCAUCGGUAGCCAAGGUCCAACUGGUUCACUUGGUCGUAAUGGGCCUCCUGGUCGUAUGGGAUAUCCAGGAUCAAAGGGCUCACCAGGAUUUCCUGGACAACAAGGACCAAAGGGCUAUCCAGGUCCCCAGGGACAGGAAGGAGACAGGGGUCACCCUGGACCAACAGGAACAGAUAUCCAAGGUUUUGUUUUUACACGUCAUAGUCAAACUACAGAGAUACCUUUGUGCCCAGGCAACACUAAACAGCUAUACAUUGGUUAUUCUCUCCUCUACGUGCAAGGUAACAAACGUGCAUAUGGACAAGAUUUAGGAGCUGCUGGGAGUUGCUUGCCAAGAUUCAGUGUCAUGCCAUUUUUGUUCUGUGAUGUAAAUGAUGUCUGUAACUAUGCAUCAAGAAAUGACUAUUCUUAUUGGCUAUCAACUUCAAGACAAAUGCCAAUGGAUAUGGCUCCAAUCAGUGGAAAAGCGCUGAAACCAUUUAUAAGCAGAUGUAUUGUUUGUGAAAGUCCUGCAAUGGUCUUUGCUGUUCAUAGUCAAACUGUUCAGAUCCCACCAUGCCCAAGGGGCUGGAAGUCUUUGUGGAUAGGCUAUUCUUUUGUAAUGCACAGAAGCUCAGGUGCAGAGGGAUCAGGCCAAGCACUGGCUUCACCUGGCUCCUGUUUAGAAGAAUUUCGCGUUGCCCCCUUUAUUGAGUGUCAUGGAAGGGGAACAUGCAACUAUUAUGCAAAUACCUACAGUUUUUGGCUGGCGACGUUAGAUCCCUCACAGAUGUUCAGGAAACCCAGACCACAAACGCUAAAGGCAGGAGAAUUACGAUCCAUAAUAAGCCGCUGUCAAGUCUGUACAAAGUAAAUCUGGACUCAAAGGGUGUAAUGGUGCUAUUCUUAAUUAUGUUUGAAAGGUAUUAAUACAGAGAUGAAGAUAAACUAAUGCUACUAUUUUAUGGUGCUGAUUGGACUGUAGCAAACACUACUCCUAAAUUUGCUGGGCAGUUUGUUGAUAUUGGUAACAUUUAUGAGCACGUUCACAUCAACAAAGUAAUUGAUAGUAAAGUGAUGGUGCUGAUACAAAGCUUGGCAAAGACUCUGCCUUUUGCUUUUGCAAUGGUAAAUACUUUAUGCAAAUAAUUGUACAGAUGUGGAUUCCACUGAUCUUCACAGCACAAUAAAACUAAUUAGUGUAACAUUUU